AGACUACAAUAACCACAACUGUGAACUCGGAAAUAUCCGAUUUACGCCAGCGCGUUCAAGACAACUGGGAACUUUGGGGGGGGGGAAACGAGCUCCGCCUGGGAACAAUCGUUUGAACCGUCAUCGAAGUCGAAAUUCCAAGUCGGAAACUCUGGCAUCUUUCAAGAGCGCAGUCUUUCCGGCCUGAACAUCAUCGACGUCAUGAUUUGAGCUCUUAUUUUUCGAUUUCCCAGUUGUUUUGAAAGCUCCUUAAAUAACCUUUACUGGAAAAUGUGAAUCUCUUUUCAUUGGUCGUUGUUUUGUCUCCAAGUUAAACAGCUAAAAUCUUAGUAAAGUACCAAUUUACAUAGAUAACGAUUUAAACAACACUUAAGAAAUGUAUUCAGCUACGUAACAUUAGCAAAGCAAGCCAGAUAGGAGAAGCCAGAGGAUCUCAGCCAGACGUGGGACCAAGUAACGUUAACGUCGUUAGUCAGGCACACCCUAAAUCUGGGCACCCAUGACUGAAACGUAACGUCAGGCGAGAGUCAUGCAACAUGAAGUAGUUUGGACUUUUGUGAUCUUGAAAGACAUUCACUAGCAACAAGAACAUGCGAAUCACUUUUUUCAGAACCUGGAUAUGACUGUCUCAUCAUGCCACAGACACAUCCGUCCGCGAGAUAGCGUUUGCCAGCCAGUCUGCUAAAUUCAAUAGCUACAUCUGGGCUAGCUAGCUAAUAAUUCGUUUUGUUGUGUGCUUUUGCACAUAUACUAUUGUUGUAAUAUGAAUGUACCGAUGUAUACAUUUGUCGCAAGAGACGAGAACAGCACCAUUUAUGCUGAAGUCUCCAAAAUUCUCGUCGCAACUGGACAAUGGAAGAGACUGAAAAGGGAUAAUCCCAGAUUCAAUUUGAUGUUGGGCGAACGGAACAGACUGCCAUUUGGACGGCUUGGUCAUGAGCCAGGACUGAUGCAACAGGUGAAUUAUUACAGAGGAGCAGACAAGUUGUGCCGCAAAGCAUCUUUAGUCAAGUUAAUCAAGACUAGCUCAGAGCUUCCAGACCCUAGCAACUGGUUGCCUGAAUCCUACAUCAUCUAUCCUACUAACCUAAAUACCCCCGUCGCUCCUGUAAAGAAUGGCAUCAGCCACCUGAAAAGUAACCCCAAGACAGAUGAAAGAGAAGUUUUCCUGGCCUCUUAUCACUCAAGAAAGGAAAGCGGAGAGGGAACAGUGUGGAUCGCCAAGUCAUCUGCUGGAGCAAAAGGUGCUGGAAUUUUGAUAUCCUACGAUGCAAAUCAAUUGCUGGAGUUCAUUGAUAAUCAAGGGCAGGUUCAUGUCAUUCAGAAGUACCUAGAAAGACCACUACUGCUGCAACCUGGCAACCGUAAAUUUGACAUCAGGAGCUGGGUGCUCGUGGACCAUCAGUACAACAUCUACCUUUACCGGGAGGGUGUGCUGCGGACGGCCUCCGAGCCCUAUGACAGCUCCAACUUCCAGGACAUGACCAGCCACCUGACUAACCACUGCAUCCAGAAAGAGCACUCCCAGAACUACGGCCGCUACGAGGAGGGCAAUGAGAUGUUCUUCGACGAGUUCCGGCAGUACCUGCUGAGCACCCACAACAUAGCACUGGAGACCAGCAUUUUACCUCAGAUCAAGCAGAUCAUAAGGAGUUGUUUGACAUGCAUUGAGCCAGCCAUCAACACUAAACACCUGUCCUAUCAGAGUUUCCAGCUCUUUGGCUUUGACUUCAUGGUGGACGAAAGCUUCAAGGUGUGGCUGAUCGAGAUCAAUGGAGCUCCGGCCUGCGCACAGAAACUCUACCCGGAGCUAUGCCAAGGUAUCGUGGACAUAGCCAUCUCCAGUGUCUUCCCACUGAACAAUGACUCCGAACCACGAUCAUCUUCCUCCUCCCCCGCUCCUUAUUCCUCCUCCCCCUCCUUUUCCACUCUCAACUCAUCCUGUUCCUCUCCGAAACUGAGAGGACCCCUCCACGUGGGCCCAUUCACCCGGUUGUAAGUCCCUCCUCUGCUUCAGAAGUUCCAACCUCUGCCCUCUGCUCCUCACCCCUACGCUUUUCCCAAGAUGUCCCACAGGCCAGGAAGCUUUGCCAUCUCAUUGGUUCUUGCAUGGCAAGUUGUCUCGAAUGGGAAUACCCUUGUGAUUGACUGAAGAUUGUGUGACUUUCUCGUAUGUGCUACCACAUUCUCCUCCCCAUACCCCCACAGUGGAAGCGCAUUUCAGAGGAAAGCCUGGACAGGCAUGCAGAAAAUGAAUGUGUGUAGACUUGGUGAAUGUUCGGAUGGUGAUGAGGAUUAAGAUUAAUUGGCGACAGACUGACAGAUUUGGGGGUCCCAGAACAAGAAGAUUCCCUUGUGAACCAGUGCUGCCACUGAGGCGACCCUAGACUGUAUGGACGACCUCUGAAGAUGGAGGGGACGCUUCACUUAUUAUACAGACUUUAGUGCCUUACAUCUCCACCCAUACCCCCUUAAAGAUGCAACCUGUCGAUUUUAGCAUAGCGCCUCUGCUACUGCGUGUGUUAUGUGAGCCUGUGUAUUGUCGGUCAGGCAAGUGUGUAUGUCUGUGUGGUCUAGUCUUUUUUUUUUCUUCUGGGUUUGGAGAUCUUUGGAUUUUAUCCACAAAAGUUAGCAUUAUCAGGGGAGGGAAAAAAACUUUCCUGCAUCUUGAUAUGAAUACCUGACAUUGCCUAUAAAUCAUUCUUCAUAUCAUGGUUAUUGACCAUUUUUUGUUGUAUUGUAUUUUAAGAGGAUUAAAGCAGAAAAUAGGCUACAUUUUAUUGCUACUGUAAUUGUAUUAUAGCUAUUUGAUCGCUGUUAUUCCAUGCUCGCUGUGUAGUGUUAGCUCUUCCAUUUUGACAGACUUUUAUUCAAGUUCAUUUAGUCAGUGUUGUUCAUUCAGUGUACAAAAGAUUCCUAGACAGACUACUCCUUUUUCCUCUGUCAACAAAGAGCAUUUGUGGAAGGACUAGAGAUAAACCUCCCCUGUUUAAUUUGAGACUAGCUUUGCGACUUCUGAACAUUUCAACCCAUUUGAACCUUCUAAAGGUUCUACCAGUCAAACCGUUACACGGUUAUGCAUGAGGAUCUCCACUACAGCUGUAGAUCUGUCUUUGUUUGUGAUUUUAAUAGAGAUUGCAUGCCGGUGUGGAAGCAUGUUACUGUGUCUGUUGUGUGUCAUAAUGCAAGAAGGCCGACUCUCCCUUUUGCCUCUAAUACUGAUAGUUCUUAGCCAAGAGCUGCCUUUUUAAAAUUGUCUUUCAUAGAUUAUUGAGUUUCUUGUUAGUUUUUGCUUGCUUCCUUGAAAACCUGUAGUAAACAUAGUAGCUUCAACCCCACAAACUACUUUGUCAACGCAAGUAUAAUUUUUAUUUUUUAAAGGAUUUUUAGACUACUAGCGCUGUUGGUUAUGGUGUUGCAUAGCUUCCAUAAUAUUACGUGGAGUUGUAAUGCAUGCAUGCUAACAAGUAGUUUUUCCUGUCUGUCUGUUAAACUGUAAUAUUCAGUGUAGACAACCUGACCACGUUCAGUUUACAGAGGCUUUAGCAUUAUUGCCCACAGUUAACUCUUAGAUUAAGUUACUUUGUCCUCUGUUAAAAUGUAUUUUAAGUAUUAGUUAGUCCCUUAAAAGGGGCAAUCCGUAGUUGAAACAAUAACAAAGUGCAUCUGUUUCGGUAAAAGGCUAAGGGAAUGCGGCUGGAAAAAAUGUAACCACUCUCAAAUUCAUAGACCGAGCUAUGGAUGCAAGGACUGACCAUCCACGAUAUCAACAUUAUAGUUUUAACCAUGUUUUUAGGCUAUUGUUUGUUUACAUGUACUUUGUUUACAAACAUUGGCGUAAACCAAGCUUAUACACUACAUGACAAAGUAUGUGGACACCUGCUCGUUGAACAUUUCAUUAAAAAAUCGUUGACAUUAACAUGGACUUGCCCCCCCCCUUUGCUGCUAUAACAGCCUCUACUCUUCUGGGAUGGCUUUCCACUAGAUGUUUGAACAUUGCUGCUGGGAUUUGCUUCCAUUCAGCCACAAGAGUAUUAGUGAGGUUGGGCACUGAUGUUGGGCGAUUAGGCCUGGCUCGCAGUUGGCGUACCAAAUCAUCCUAAAGGUGUUCGAUGGGGUUGAUGUCAGGGCUCUGUACAGGCCAGUCAAGUUCUUCCACACAGAUGUCAACAAAACAUUUCUGUAUGAACCUUGCUUUGUGCACAGGAGCAUUGUCAUGCUAAAACAGGAAAGGGCCUUCCCCAAAGUUGGAAGCACAGAAUUGUCUACAAUGUAUUUUAUGCUGUAGCAUUAAGAUUUCCCUUCACUGGAACUAAGGGGCCUAGCCCGAACCAUGGAAAACAGCCCCAGAACAUUAUUCCUCAGACGAUUAUUCCUCCAAACUAUGGAUUUUGGCAGGUAGCGUUCUCCUGGCAUCUGCCAAACCAAGAUUUGUCCGUUGGACUGCCAGUUGGUGAAGUGUGAUUCGUCGCUCCAGAGUCCAAUGGCGGCAAGCUUUACACCACGCCAGUCAGCGCUUGGCAUUGCGCAUGGAGAUCUUAGGCUUGUGUGCUGCUGCUCGACCAUGGAAACCCAUUUCAUGAAGCUCCCGACGAACAGUUCUUGUGCUGACAGAUACAGUUUGGAACUCUGUAGUAUGUGUUGCAACCAAGGACAGACAAUUUUUACACACUUCAGCACUUGGCGGUCCAGUUCUGUGUGCUUGUGUGGCCUACCAUUUCAAGGCUGAGCCAUUGUUGCUCUUAAACAUUUCCACUUCACAAUAGCAAAACUUACAGUUGACCGGGGCAGCUUUAACAGGGCAAAAAAUGUACGAACUGACUUAUUGGGAAGGUGGCAUCCUAUGACUGUGCCAUGUUGAAACUCACUGAGCUCUUCAGUAAGGCCAUUCUACUGCCAAGGUUUGUGUAUGGAGAUUGCAUGGCUGUGUGCUCGAUUUUAUAUACCCGUCCGCAAGAGUGAGGCUGAAAUAGCUAAGUCAACUAAAUUGAAGGGGUGUCCACAUACCUUUGACUAUAUAGUGUAUUUUGGGUUCUGAUGGGAUACGACAGUUGAACUUAACUCAUGAGGCAUGUGCAAGUUAUAUUCUUCAAGAACCAAUGGGUACAACUGCAGACUGCCCCUUUAACCACUACCUCUUAUCACACAUUUUCAAAUAUUUUAGUUGAGGUCAUGCUUCAACAUGUUUUGAGUCAAACACCGCUUAAGGGACAACAUUGGCACAUAUUUAUAUUUUAAUCCUUAUCUUAUGUUUACAAGAUUGUUAUGGGGAAUGAUGUACGGACAAGUGAAUGACUGCUAAAAUCGAAUCUAUUUGAUAUGUACAUGGUCAAAACAUACAAUGGCUAUGAAUUAUAUUAUAUAGUAGUUGCUGUUGAAUGUUCAGUUAGAUUGUAUAUCAUAGGGGCAAAAAAUAAAGGUUUGUUUCUAGAUUAAACAUUUUUUUUGGUAAGAGCUAAACUUUAUUAUUCAACAUAUUGGAACAUAUCCAAAGACAAUUAUCAGUAUUAUCAAAAUUAGGGAAAUGUCUUUCAAGGGAAGGGGUGUCAGUGGGAAUUGCAAGUGGGAAAGAUGCAAUAAACCUCUUGCAUAUUUCAUUUGUUUGAUUGUAAAAAUAUACAUUUGGCUAUUGCUAUCUGGUCUGUGUGACUGUUAAUUGUUCAAUCUCUUGUAAUGUCUGGUUCUCCUCAGUUUAUUUGCACUGAACUUUUCCCAUUUUUAAUUACUUGCAUUAUCAUCGUAUUUUAGUUGAAAAAGUUGAAAAAUUGCUUUUAUGUCUAAAAUGAAUGUCAUUAUUUUCCCCCAUAGUAUUACUUAUCUAGCUAUGAAUGUGAGUUUUAGGUAUUUCAAGGCCUUUAAAGAGCAAUGUGUAACUUCCUUUGAGUACCGCCAUGGGAGACAAAGAAGUGACUUAAGUCUGUCAUUAUCAAACAUUUUCACUAAACCAAGGCAGCCAAGAAGAAAGAUAUCCAUAUAAGACAUAACAGCAACAUUGGCACAUUUGAAAUGUUAAUCUCUCCUCCAGUCAACAAGGUUUUACUGUACUGUAUGUAGUCAGAGGAAUGCCUAUGAUGUUUUUUUCUUCAGCUAAUGUUUCUGCAUGAAAACUUGAUUGGAUAAAAAAAAUGUAUGUAGAAUAAAAUGUAUUGUUGAUCUGA